UUGAUAAGAAACAAAUUCAAAAGAAAAGACAUCAAAAGUGGAGGAAAAAAAUUAUAUCUAUAGGGCUGGAUGUAUAGAUUACAGCACGGCCGGGGUGGCCGCGCGCGUCGGGGCGCGCGCCCGCGCGCCAUGCCCGGCGCGCCACCGCAUCCCGGGGCCGCCCUCCCAUUGGCUGCGGCGGCGGCGGCGCGGCACGCCAUUGGCUGGCGGCGGCGGCGCGGGGCGGGGCGAGCGGGGAGUAAAAGCGCGGCGGCGGCGGGCCGGGGUUUGAACGCUGCGCAGCGCGGCCGGGAGCUCGGCGGCUCCGCGCACCCCUCGCCGCCCGCCGGGAGCCGCCGCUGCUCCUGCUGCUGGCUCCGGGAAGAGUUCGGGCGGUUUGGUUGUCAGCAGAACUGGGUUUCCGCAAGGCUGCUUUUUCUUCUUCUUUUUUAAUUUUUUUUUUUCUCCCCCUUUUUUAUUAUUUUUUUUUAAUUCGAUUUUUUUUUUUAAUUAUUUUUCCGCGAGAAUAUCGUAUUUCCCCCUCCCCUCCCGCCGGCAUCCCGCUCCGCAGCAGCGCCCGCCGCCGCCGCGGGGUACUGCUAGGUGUGUAGGUCAGAAUCACAGUCAUAAAGAGGGAGGGAGAGGCCGCCAGAGACCACCCUGCCCCCGGCGACCCGAAGGAUGCUGCUGCGGCGCCGCUGCUAGAGGACACGCUGGGAUUCAGCUCGUGUCCGGGACUCGCUCUCUCCCUCUCUCCCCUCUUCCUUCAUCCGCAGAGGGGUCCCUGCCGAGGGUGAGGCCCUUCCACCCGCGCCCCUCUUCCUCCUCCUCCUCCUCUCCCCCGCGGCUCCGCUCCCCGCGGGCAGCCCUCUCCAUGAUGCAGGCUCGCUACUCCGUCUCGGACCCCAACGCCCUGGGAGUGGUGCCCUAUUUGAGCGAGCAGAACUACUACCGGACGGCGGGGACGUACGGCGGCAUGGGCAACCCCAUGAGCGUCUAUUCGGGCCACGCCGAGCAGUACGCGGCGGGCAUGGGGCGCUCCUACGGGCCCUACCACCCGCACCAGCCCGCAGCCCCCAAGGACCUGGUGAAGCCGCCCUACAGCUACAUCGCCCUCAUCACCAUGGCCAUCCAGAACGCCCCCGACAAGAAGAUCACGCUCAAUGGGAUUUACCAGUUCAUCAUGGACCGCUUCCCCUUCUACCGCGAGAACAAGCAGGGCUGGCAGAACAGCAUCCGCCACAACCUCUCGCUCAACGAGUGCUUCGUCAAGGUGCCCCGCGACGACAAGAAGCCGGGCAAGGGCAGCUACUGGACCCUGGACCCCGACUCCUACAACAUGUUCGAGAACGGCAGCUUCCUGCGCCGCCGGCGCCGCUUCAAGAAGAAGGACGUGUCCAAGGAGAAGGAGGAGGCCCGCGAGAGGCUGCUGAAGGAGCAGCCCAAACCCCCCGGGCUGCCCGGCUCCGAGCUCUCCAAGGAAGCCUCCUCCUCCUCCUCUACCUCCGCCUCGGCUCCGGCCUCCGAGAAGAAGGUGGUGAUCAAGAGCGAGACGGCGUCGCCGGAGCUGCCGGUGAUCACCAAGGUGGAGACGCUGAGCCCGGCCAGCGGCGGGGCCCUGCGGGACAGCCCCCGCAGCGCCGCCUCGCCUCCCGCCGCCUCCCCCGAGGGCUCCCUGCCCGAGCAUCACCCCGCCGGCAACGGGCUGCCGGGGGGGUUCAGCGUGGAGAACAUCAUGACCCUGCGGACUUCCCCCCCGGGGGAUCUGAGCCCGGUGAGUGCCGCCUCGGGCCGGACGGGGGCCGCAAUGCCGCUGGGCUACCCGCCGUCGGGGCAGCCGUCGGGUUACAGCGCGGCGUGCAGCCAGGCGCUGGACGCUAGUGGGAGCUACCACUGCAGCAUGAGGGCCAUGAGCCUGUACAGCGGCGAGAGGCCGGGCCACAUGUGCGUGCCCCCAGCGCCGCUGGAGGAAGGCCUGGCCGAGCACCCCACGGGCGCCCCGUCGCCCCUGGGCGCCCUGAGCCUGCCGUCGGGGCAGGAGGGAGCGCUGGGAGCCGGGCAUCCUCACGGCGGGGGGGCGGCGCAGCCCGCAGCCUCGUGGUACCUCAAUCACGGAGCCGAGCUGAGCCACCUGCCCGGGCACACUUUCGGCACCCAGCAGCAGACUUUCCCCAACGUCCGGGAAAUGUUCACGUCGCACCGGCUCGGCAUGGAGAGCGCCUCGCUCAGCGAGCACCAGGUCAGUAUCCAGGGGCUGGAGAAGCAUCUCCAUCCUUUCCCUCCAUAUUUCCCUGAAGAAAUGGUCACAGGGUUGGUUGAUCUCCCUCAGCCCUGCAGGUGAAGGCUUGGGAACACACGGGCUUUACGCGCUAAUUCCUGGAUCUGCAGUGAGAUGGACCCCUUAAUUCUUCACUACCUAUCUUCAACUGCUUACUAAGUCGCUGUUUUCAUUACAAAAGCAAUAUGUAAUAAUAGUUGUUAAAAUAAUUGUAUUUCUGUUUUUACAUCUGUAAAGAUUAAGUUAAACAGUAUGAAGCCCAUUAAACUAUUUCAUGUCAUGCUGCCAUAAAUUUCCUCCAUUCCCAUUGCUACUAUUAUUCCAGAGUAAACUCUGAGAUCAAGCUGCUGCCAC